AUGCGCCGCAAUCGGAGAAAAAGAUCAUCUUCUCCUCGAUCUUCCUUUACUAAACGCGCCUUUCUGUCCGUUGUGCUAAUUGGCUUGUUUUUGACCAUCAUUAAAUUAGGGCGUUUUUGGUUACUUUUAUCGUUUGGGGUACUAGAUAUACUGGUGUUUUCCGAGUUGUUAAAGGUGUUAUUGGGGAUUGGUGGUGGUUGGCCGGUAAUUAGUGAGUUUUUGUCCAGUCGCUUAUCUUCUUUGCCAGCUGGGUUCUUCUGGUGGUGUUUUGUGACUACAGGAGUGACUCAUGGGCUGAGAGUAGUCUGUCCGGGGUAUGCUAAGCUGGCUAGACAGAUAGGAAUGCCCAUGCAAAUUGUUGGGCUUAUCUGGUUUUUAUGGUUGUUAAAAGGGGGGAUGUAUCGGCAGAAGUUCUUUCAUGCUUCUUUAGUGCUGGUUUGGGCUGCUGGGCUAGUGCAAUGUACGAGUGCUGCCGUGGCUAAUUUAGAUCGUGGGAUGUUCUUCUUUGUUUUCCCAUGUUUACUGGUGGGCAUUAAUGAUACGGCAGCUUAUGCGGUGGGAAGGUGUUGUGGGCGGCAGCCAUUAACGGCACUUAGUCCUAAGAAGACAAUUGAAGGGUUUAUUGGUGGCGGACUUAUUACUUUGAUUUUGAGUUGGCCGGCUGCCUACUUAACUAGAAGUAUUACUGGCGAGGCGGUAGAACUAAGUGCCUGGAUGGUUUUAGGAUUAAGUAUACUUGCUUCAACUAUUGCUCCCUUUGGUGGUAUUUUGGCGAGUGGGUUCAAACGGGCCUUUGGAGUGAAGGACUUUGGCCGACUUAUUCCGGGUCAUGGUGGAGUAGCCGAUCGAGUGGACUGCCAUUUGGUUAUGCAAGUUACCACUCAUGUAUUCUUGUCAUACCUUAAGAGAUCUCGUAAGAUAGAAGGUCUAAUGGGUGAGAUAGAAGAAAGACUAACUCCAGCCGAGAUAUUUCAGUUAGUAGAAGCACUAACAAGCGUUCAAUAA